AUGCCUCAAUAUUUUGCCAUUAUAGGAGAAAAAGAUAAUCCAGUUUAUGAAGCUGAAUUUACUGCUCAGCAGGGACUAUCAGGUCAGGGACAGCAAGGGUUUCCUCAGGAUUUGAAAGAGUUGAAUCCGUUUAUGUUACAUGCUUCCUUGGAUAUAAUAGAAGAUCUUCAGUGGCAGACCAAUUUGCCAGCACAUUCUACUACAUCUGGGACCACUGGUGGUGGGUUUUUAAGAUCGAGGAAUACAUCAAAUUUAAGCAAUUGUUAUUUUGGUAAAGUCGAUCAUUUUUAUGGUCUUAUUAUAACGGCAUAUGUUACAUAUAGUGGAAUGAAAUUUGUGAUGGUUCAUGGAAGUUCGACCGCUACCACGGCUCAAGUUGAUGACAAUUCAGUAAAAUUGUUUUAUCAAGAAGUGCAUGAAUUGUACAUCAAAACAUUAAUGAAUCCAUUUUAUACUCCUGGAACUCCAAUUUCAAGUUCUGCAUUUGAUUCAAGAGUACGAACAUUAGCUAGAAAAUAUUUAAAUAAAUAA